AUGGAGGGAUCCUCGAACCGUGGCAAUAAUAGUAAUCCCACCUUGUUCUUAAACAGGUGGACGCUCUCCGCUGGGCCUGGAGCGCCGAGAAUAUUUCUCAUCUCCUUUCACCUACAAUACCCCCAUGAAAGCUCUUCAUCUUGCACACCUUCGAUGCUCCCUUCUACCUUAAAGUCAUCGCGCUAUGGGCGCUUUGUUAUCUUGACGAUCCCGCUGCUCGUGUUCAGCUGCCUGCUCUUCCUGACGUGGGACCCACUGCCCGGCCGACUCGCUCGUCAGCAAUCGACGUCACAGUCCGAUCCGCUAUCCCAGGUACCACAAGCAGUUGAGCCACCAAAGGAAGAACCAUCGCAACCCAAAACUCCUGUAUCUACCAGCAAACCAUCCAGCUCAAAACCGACUGCUGACAUUGCUGGUGGUGAUGCUAUCUUCGGUAUAACUGACAAGCUUUGGCAAUCCGCCAAGGAUCCCCACCUGAGCGAUGACCAAGACGAAUGGAUCAGCAGCUGGCUUGAGAAGAACCCCUCUUUCCGAUAUGAGCUCCUGACUGAUACCUCCGCUGCCACGUUUGUCCGUACUCAUUAUGCCUCGCGACCCGACAUUAUCGAGGUGUUCGAAACCCUCCCGAUCCCGAUCCUGCGGGCGGAUCUUCUGCGAUACCUGCUCGUGCUUGCGGAGGGGGGCGUCUGGAGUGAUCUCGACGUCACCUGCGAUAAGCCCGUGGCCGACUGGGUCCCCACGGAAUACAAGAAUGCAAAGAUCGAGAUGAUCGUGGGACUGGAGUUUGAUUUUGAAUGGCGCGGAGAAGGAACGGAGAUCGCAUCGCAGUUCUGCAACUGGGUCUUUGCGGCACCCCGCUCAUCACGAGUUCUUCAGGUGGUGGUAGACGCCGUAGUGGACAAACUGAAAGAGAUCGCCGCGAUGAAUAACGUGCAGGUAAAAGACCUGACGUUAGAAAUGCUGCCUAUUGAUGUUGUCAAUGUGACGGGGCCCAAGAUCAUGACAAUGGCAAUCUUGGACAGCCUGAAGCAGCUCCUAGGUCGGACGGUUGAUGAUCGCGACUUCCAUGGAAUCAAGAAGCCCAAGCUCAUCGGUGAUGUCCUUAUCAUGCCUGGUGUGGCGUUUGCGGCAUCCCAGAAUGGAUAUCCCCAGGAUCAAGGAGAUGCGCUGGUUACGCAUCACUACGCGGGCUCGUGGAAGCAGGCAGAUGCGGAGGCGAAGGAGAAGAAAAAGCAGAAACAGAACGGGCGGGAUAAAGUCGUAUAG